AUGGCCCAAUAUCCACCUGGAAUCCGCGUCGCCCAGGCCGUCGGCCUGACUGGAGCCGCAUACCUAGCUGGCAACAUCGCAUCCUUCACCCUCGCCAGCGUCCCAGCCCUCCAAACCGCACACGCCCGGUACCAAGCACCCCUGACCCUAAUCGUCAAGCAAUGGCGCGACAUGUACGAAGCCGGCCACAGUCAGAACCCGCCCGUCGCGAUCCUGGCGGCGUCGGCAUUCGCGUUCCUUGCAUGGUCCGUGCACCGGGAUGUCGCGAUCGCGGCCCUGGCGCCGCGCAACGCGUCCACGCUUUAUGGUCUUGCGGCGGCGUUGACGGUGGGGAUUGUCCCGUGGACUCUUGCGACGAUGAUGGGAGUUAAUCGGUUGUUGUUGGAGAGGGCGGGGAAUGCGGCUUGGGCGCCGAGUGGGGAGAAGGGGGAGGAGGAGGAGGUCGAGGUUACGGGGGCUUUGGCGAAGUGGAAGACUCUUAAUGGGGUGAGGGCGUUGUUGCCGCUUCUGGGGGUUGUUGCGGGUGUUUGUGCUUUUUAG